CUUGUUCAUAUAUCAUUAUCACUCUUCUUUUUUUACUCAUUCUUCAUUUUCAUUCACUUUUAGCUUCUGAGUCACACUCAACAAGUCCAUACUAGCUUACAGCUUUCUGAUUCUGCUUCUACCUGCCACUGCUUUCUUGAUGGUUUGUGACUAUUUGUACUACACAUUCAAGUGCAUUUAAGGAAGUAUAAGUUUUAAUCUAGAGAUUGCAUUAUCUUGAAAACCAUGAAAGGAAAGGGCCGAAGAAGUGGCGGUACGGUUCAAUUGGAUUACCUAAUUCACAUACAAGAACUUAAGCCUUGGCCUCCAUCACAAUCUCUCAGAUCUAUUAAAUCUGUAUUGAUACAAUGGGAGAAUGGUGAACGAACUUCUGGGUCUACCAAACCUGUUUCCGCUUCACUUGGUGAAGGAAAAGUCGAGUUUAAUGAGUCUUUUAGGCUUUCUGCGACACUGGUGAAGGAUAUGUCUGUUAAAAAUGUUGAUGCUUUCCAGAAGAAUACUUUGGAGUUUAACUUGUUUGAGCCUAGAAGGGAGAAGAUUGUUAAAGGUCAGUUGCUUGGGACUGCCAUCGUAGACUUAGCGGACUGUGGAAUACUUAGAGAGACUUUAAGCGUUAGUGUACCAUUGAAUUGCAAGAGGAACUACAGAAACACGGAUCAGCCGAUUUUAUUUGUUAAAAUCGAGCCUGUUGAAAAGAACCGCACUAAGUCCACGUUGAAGGACACUUUGUCAAAGGAAAAUUGCGAUGGUGGCGGUGAUUCUGUUUCGGCAUUGAUGAACGGAGAGUAUGCUGAGGAAGCUGAGAUUGAUGCUAUUACUGAUGAUGAUGUUUCCUCUCAUUCGUCUAUGGCUGCAGUUAUAAAUUCUCCCGAUUGUGAAGAGAAUGGAAAAGCUCGGAAAAAUGGUAGGAAUGACAAGGAACAUCACUUGGUUUCAGAAACAAGGAUUGAAAAUUUUAGUAUGAUGCAACAGGAUAUGUCAUAUACGGAAGCAUCCUCUAAUGUCGGGAGUUCAAUAAAUGGUCAUAGUUCUAUGACAAAUAUUCCCAAUCAUGGUUUAGAGACAACCCAAAAGCAAGUUGAUUCUCCUAGUGCAGAUUAUUCUCCCAUAUCCUUGGAGGAAAAUUCUCUGAGUAGGUCCAAAAGCAGUGGUCAUGAAAAUUUAAAUCAGGAGAUUCAAGAAAAGGCUUCUCUAGAUAGUAAUCACUUCAUAAAUAAGAAUUCAGACUCAGUAAACUGUGAUGGUUUGGAAAUUGAAGACAAAUUAAGGGAGAGAUGCGAGGAAGCCGACAAAUAUUGUGUUAAGGAAGGAGGAAGUGAUGAAUAUUACUAUAAUUCCGUCGAGGACAAGCUUAGCAAUGAUCCAAAGAGUGAAAGAUCGAAAUACGUAAAGUCUGUGAGGUCAUCCGGAGACUUAACUAGGAGUACUGGAUUGCUCGGUAACAAUUAUCAUGCUGAGGUAAAGGAAAAUGGCAUUAAUGGAGAUGCUCAAAACAACGGAGGGAACAUCAGAAGCGGUGAAAGAAAAGAUAGUAAGAUUUAUCCACGGGAUGCCAAAAACACAAGUUUAGAUAGCAAGAUUGAGCAGUUGGAAAACAAGAUAAAUAUGCUUGAAGGAGAGUUAAGAGAAGCUGCUUCGAUUGAGGCUGCUUUAUAUUCCGUAGCUGCUGAGCAUGGAAGCUCCAUGAGUAAGGUUCAUGCCCCAGCUCGACGCCUUUCCAGGCUGUACCUUCAUGCUUGUAAAGAAAAUAUUCCAGCAAGAAGGUCUGGUGCAGCUAAAAGUGCUGUUUCAGGAUUAGUACUUGUUGCAAAGGCAUGUGGAAAUGAUGUACCAAGGUUGACAUUUUGGUUAUCAAAUUCUAUUGUUUUGAGAACAAUUAUAAGCCAAACCACCAAGGAUGUGGCACAAUCAAAUCGUUCCAGAACUAGUCCAAGAAGGAAGAGUGGAGAGGGAAAUGCAAAGAUAGUACAGCCAUUAAUUUGGAAAGGAUUCUCUCCUAAGAAAAGCAAAAAUUUAGAAGUUGAAUAUGGAGGUCUCGGUAAGUGGGAUGACCCAAACAUGUUCACAUCAGGACUGGAAAAGGUUGAAACCUGGAUCUUCUCUCGCAUCGUGGAAUCUAUUUGGUGGCAGUCUCUGACUCCACAUAUGCAGCUUGUUGAUGCAAAGAUUAUUCAAAAGGAUGUGGGUUCUACAACUAGGAAAAGCUUUGCAAAGAUGUCUAGCUCACAUGAUCAAGAGCUGGGAAAUUUAUCACUAGAUAUUUGGAAGAAUGCUUUCAGAGAAGCCUGUGAAAGGAUCUGUCCCGUCCGAGCUGGAGGGCAUGAGUGUGGCUGUCUUCCUGUGCUGCCUAGAUUGGUAAUGGAGCAGUGCAUAGCCAGAUUAGAUGUUGCUAUGUUCAAUGCCAUUCUUCGGGAAUCUGCUGAUGACAUUCCAUCUGAUCCUAUAUCCGAUCCAAUUAGUGAUCCCAAGGUUCUCCCGAUUCCACCUGGUAAAUCAAGCUUUGGAGCUGGUGCGCAGCUAAAAACUGCGGUUGGUAACUGGUCAAGAUGGCUUACCGACCUUUUUGGUAUGGAUGAUGACGACUCACUUAAGGAUAAAGAUGACGACAUUGAUAACAAUGAUGGAAAUGAAUCCUUCAAGGCUUUCCAUCUUCUUAAUGCACUGAGUGAUCUCUUGAUGCUUCCUAAGGAUAUGUUGUUAAGUGCAUCCAUCCGAAAAGAGGUCUGUCCAAUGUUUGGUGCAUCAAUAAUCAAGAAGAUUCUAGACAAUUUUGUCCCAGAUGAAUUUUGCCCCGAUCCAAUUCCCACAGCUGUGUUUGAAGCUCUGGACUCACAGGAUGAUCUCGAGGAUGAAGAGGAGUCUGUCAACAACUUCCCAUGCAUUGCUGCUCCCAUUGUAUAUUCACCUCCACGAGCAACAGUGAUUACAGACAUUGUAGGGGAGAUUGGAAGUGAAUUUCAGCCUAGUCAGUUGAGAAGAAGCAGAUCAUCUGUUGUAAGGAAGUCGCACACCAGUGAUGACGAGCUCGAUGAAUUAAACUCCCCAUUAUCUUCAAUUUUAUUUACAAAUUCCUCCUCACCAGUAUCAACAAAACCCAACUGGAAGAAAGUUAGUCACAAUGAGGCUUCUGUCAGAUAUGAACUUCUCAGGAAUGUUUGGAUGAACAGCGAGUAACCCUGCAGAUAUGAGAUUUUACCCUUCCUGUAACAAUUAUUGGAUAUGUUGUAAAAAGAUAUAUAAUAGUAUAGCUUUAGCAGAGGAGUAACAACUAAUAUAGUAAAGGUUAUAUAAUACAGUCUCAGUUAUUGGAUACGGUGUAAUAAAGUAUAAUAAGGCCAUGCCAUGGUAGGUUAUGCUUUGCCUUUAUUUAAUGACUUCAUAUUCUGUGUUUACUUUA